AUGGGUAAUUUCUCCUCCAGAACAGAGGGUGGCGCUGUUGCGCGGUUGAAGAGUGAUACGCUUCCGCUGUUGCUGCUUUGCAGAAAUCUGCACUGCGGAGACUUUUAUCUGUUUCUUAGCUGACGGUAGCACAACGGGUCCGGAACACACCUGACGCUCGCAGGUAAAGCCUCGGCAGAGCUGGAAGCUCGCCACCAUGGCGGACAUCAAGAAUUUCCUGUACGCCUGGUGUGGGAAAAAGAAGCUGACUCCCAACUAUGACAUCCGGGCGGCGGGCAACAAAAACCGUCAAAAGUUCAUGUGUGAGGUCCGGGUGGAUGGCUUCAACUACGUGGGGAUGGGGAACUCAACCAGCAAGAAGGAUGCUCAGACCAACGCCGCCAGGGACUUUGUCAACUAUUUGGUCAGAGUUGGGGAGAUGAAGGCCGAGGAGGUCCCAGCUCUGGGGGUCAUGGCUCCAGAACCAACCCAGCCCGAUGGACCUCCAGGCAGCUUCGGAACCCUCCCAGCAAGCGGGCCUCUGCCCCCCCAUCUAGUAGUGAAGGGGGAGAAAGAGGCUGAAGUCCCCAUGGAAGAACAUGCGGGCCAGACGGAACAGGGGUACCCUCCAAGAGGAGGCUAUGGGGACGGAGGAGGGGCUGAGUGGGACAGAGGGGCCAACCUGAAGGAGUACUACGCCCGGAGGGAUGAGCAGGAAGCCCAAGCGACGCUGGAGUCCGAGGAGGUAGACCUGAAUGCAAACUUGCACGGGAACUGGACCCUGGAGAACGCCAAGGCCCGCCUCAACCGGUUCUUCCAGCAGGAGAAGAUGACUGCGGAGUACAAGUACAGCCAAGUGGGACCAGAUCACAACAGGAGCUUCAUUGCAGAGAUGCAGCUGUUUGUGAGGCAGCUCGGUAGAAAGAUCAUGGCCCGCGAACACGGCUCUAACAAGAAGCUGGCGGCGCAGUCGUGCGCGCUGUCGGUGGUGCGACAGCUGUACCACCUCGGGGUGCUGGAGGCGUACACUGGAAUCACCAAGAAGAAGGAGGGUGAGACGCUGGAGCCGUACGACGUGAACGUGUCUCCUGACCUGCAGCAGCAGCUGAACACUGUGGUCGAGGAGCUUGGAAUCCAGGUCCCCCCACCGCCUGAAGAUCCCAGCAACCCAGUGUCUCUGAUUCAGGGGAAGAUCAACACGUUCGAGCCCUCGCAGCGUCAGAACACUGCUGGCGUCGUCCCCUGGUCCCCGCCGCAGGUCAACUGGAACCCCUGGACCAGCAGCAACAUUGAUGAGGGCCCGCUAGCUUUUUGCACCCCUGAGCAAAUCAGUGAGGACCUGCACAAUGAGCUGAUGUACCAGCUGGAGCACGACGACUCUCUGCAGAAGAUCCUAGCAGAGCGCGAUCAGCUGCCCGUAAAACAGUUUGAGGAGGAGAUCAUGGGGGCCCUGGAGAGCAACCCGGUGGUGAUCAUCAGAGGAGCCACAGGCUGCGGCAAAACCACGCAGGUUCCUCAGUACAUCCUGGACCGCUUCAUCAAAGGAGGAAGAGCGUCUGACUGCAACAUCGUGGUCACCCAGCCCCGUCGGAUCAGCGCUGUCUCCGUGGCCGAGCGAGUCGCCUAUGAGAGAGCAGAGGAUCUUGGGAAAAGUUGUGGCUAUAGCGUGCGUUUUGAGUCUGUGCUGCCCCGUCCGCAUGCUAGCAUCUUGUUUUGCACUGUGGGCGUUCUGCUGCGGAAGCUGGAAGCAGGAAUACGAGGAAUCAGCCACGUCAUUGUGGACGAGAUCCACGAGAGAGACAUCAACACGGACUUCCUCAUGGUGGUGCUCAGAGACGUGGUCCAGGCCUUCCCGGACGUCCGCAUCCUCCUGAUGUCGGCCACCAUCGACACCACCAUGUUCAGAGAGUACUUCUUCAACUGUCCCAUCAUCGAGGUGUUCGGACGCACCUUCCCUGUUCAAGAGUAUUUUCUGGAAGACUGCAUCCAGAUGACAAACUUCAUUCCCCCGCCAAUGGAUCGGAAGAAGAAAGCCAAAGACGAGGAGGGAGGAGAAGAAGAUACCAACUGUAACCUGAUCUGUGGGGCCGAGUACACUCCAGAGACCAAGAACACCAUGUCGCAGAUGAGUGAGAAGGAGACGUCCUUCGAGCUGGUGGAAGCGCUGCUGAAAUACAUCGAGACCCUGAAAGUUGCCGGGGCCGUGCUCGUCUUCCUGCCGGGCUGGAACCUCAUCUUCUCCAUGCAGAGACACCUGGAGACCAACCCGCACUUUGGGAGCAAUCGAUACCGGAUCUUGCCACUCCAUUCUCAGGUCCCACGCGAGGAGCAGAGGAGGGUGUUUGAGCCGGUUCCUGAUGAUGUCACCAAGGUCAUCCUGUCCACCAACAUUGCAGAGACCAGCAUCACCAUCAACGAUGUCGUCUACGUCAUCGAUUCCUGCAAGCAGAAAGUGAAACUUUUCACCUCCCACAACAACAUGACCAACUACGCCACUGUGUGGGCUUCCAAGACCAACCUGGAGCAGAGGAAGGGGCGAGCCGGCAGGGUCCGACCCGGCUUCUGCUUCCACAUGUGCAGCCGCGCUCGCUUUGAGAAGCUGGAGACUCACAUGACUCCAGAGAUAUUCAGGACACCGCUCCACGAAGUCGCUCUGAGCAUCAAGCUGCUGAGACUCGGCAGCAUUGGACACUUCCUGUCUAAGGCUAUUGAGCCGCCACCACUGGACGCCGUCAUAGAGGCGGAACACACGUUAAGAGAACUGGAUGCUCUUGAUAGCAACGACGAGCUCACCCCUCUGGGUCGGAUUCUGGCCCGGCUGCCCAUCGAGCCUCGAUUGGGGAAGAUGAUGAUCAUGGGCUGCAUAUUCAACGUUGGAGACGCCGUCUGCACAAUCUCUGCCGCCUCCUGCUUCCCUGAACCCUUCAUCAGUGACGGAAAACGCCUCGGAUUCGUCCACAGAAACUUCUCUGGCAGCCGCUUUUCCGACCACGUGGCUUUGCUGGCCGUCUUCCAGGCCUGGGACGAUGUCAGGGUCAACGGUGAGGAGGCGGAGAUGCGCUUCUGCGAGCACAAACGCCUGAACAUGGCCACCCUGAGGAUGACGUGGGAGGCUAAAGUCCAGCUGAAGGAGAUCCUAGUGAACUCUGGAUUUCCUGAAGAGUGUCUGAUGACACAGAUGUUCAACACUGUUGGACCCGACAACAACCUGGAUGUGGUCAUUUCUCUGAUAACCUUUGGCUCAUACCCCAACGUCUGCUACCACAAGGAGAAGAGGAAGAUCCUGACCACAGAGGGGCGCAACGCCCUCAUCCACAAGUCCUCCGUCAACUGUCCGUUCAGCAGCCAUGACAUCAAGUACCCAUCACCCUUCUUUGUCUUCAGUGAGAAGAUCCGGACCAGAGCCAUCUCGGCUAAAGGCAUGACUCUGGUCAGCCCGCUGCAGCUGCUGCUCUUCGCCUGUAAGAAGAUCAGCUCCAACGGAGAAAUCGUGGAGUUGGACGACUGGAUCAAGCUCAGGAUCCCCCAUGAGGUGGCAGGGGGUGUGGCUGCGCUGAGGGCGGGGCUUGAGGCUUUAGUGGUGGAGGUGACCAAAGAUCCAGAGUAUAUCAACCAGAUGGAUCAGGGCAACACGCGCAUGCUGAACGCCAUCAGAUACGUGUCCAAGCCGACUGCCGCCGGACUCAACCUCAUGAACUCCAGCCAGAGGAUGGGAGACGGACCACGGCCCCCCAAGAUGGCCCGCUUUGAUGGAGGNNNUGGAGGUUAUGGAGGUGGAGGGGGUUACAGAGGAGGAGGGGGAGGUUACGGAGAUGGGGGAGGUUACAGAGGAGGAUAUUAAUUUCCAGAACCACGCCUCUGUGUUUAUGAUCCAGCCUGUUGUUGUUGUUUUGAUACAUGUUUGUAAAGUAGAGGGAACGUCAACUGAUCUGUUUUUAGUUCAUGGUGAAGUGGUCAAAUAAAUGAUUUUUCCUUAACACAAAA